UGGUUUAUUCCAGCAAUAUAGAAGGUGCACCUUCCAUAAAUUUUGAAGAUUGGAUGUGCGGUAUAUCUACUACGUUAGGGAUGAUGGUCGUGAAUUCACUUGACAAAAAUAGUCUUGCUGGUGAUUACUCUAGUUACUCUGGUUAUUCUUCUGUUGAUACGAGGGAUCGUUUGUUUUUAUUUGUAGGGUUUGCGUUAAUGGCAGGCGGAUUGGCCGGAUCUGUGACAAUUUUGAUCCUUAAAUAUAUUCUGGCAAUUGCUAAUUCCGAAUUUUUAUAUUUUGGGAUCGCAUUGGUUAUCCAAAACUUUGCCAUCAUGCUCAGUGCGGUGAUUUUAUGGAUUUCACAUAAUUCAGGGCCUGAUUAUCCAGAUAGCUAUGGGUUUUAA